UUUUUGCAUUUUGCGCGAAGGUUGCGGCGGCGGCAUCAUGUUGGAGUACGACAAUUCCGCGUUCUACUACUUUGGGAUCUCCCUCGGGUCGAUCUAUGUGAUCCCGAUGACAUACCUGAGUCUCAAGCGCAUCAUCUACGGCUUGUUCCUGAAAGACAAGGUCCUGGACCUGAACAACGUGCGGUGCGACAAGGAACUCGCCAAGGUGCGCAAACUGCAGGCGGAAAAGACGUCGUUGAAGAACGUGUUCAACCCCGUGUUCGUCGCCAACUUGGUUAUCCUUGUCGUGCUUUGGUAUGGAUUGUACCAGAUGAUCAUGCUGGUGAAGGAUGACUCGGAGAUUAAGUCGUUUGACCCGUAUUCCGUGUUGGAGCUCGCGAUCGGGUCCACAGAAAAGGAAGUCAAGCGCGCUUACCGCCUCAUGAGUCUCAAGUAUCACCCCGACAAAAACAUUGGCGACCCCGUCGCGGAACAGAAAUUCGUGCUCGUGGCCAAGGCGUACCAGUCGCUGACGGACCCCGUGGCGAAGCGCAACUACGAGCUGUACGGCAACCCCGACGGCCGCCAGUCGCUGCAGCUAAGUAUCGGUCUACCCACGUUUCUCUUGGACAAGGAAAAUCACUUGGCGAUCUUAACCAUCUACCUGAUCGUGCUCGUCGUGGCCAUUCCGUCCGUCGUCGCGCUGUGGUACUCCAAGUCCAAGCAGUAUGGCGACAGCAUGAUCAUGUACGACUCGUACGGUUUUUACAACUACGCGUUGAGCGAAAACUCGCAUCUGAAGAUGAUGCCCGAGAUUCUCGCGGGGUCGGCCGAGUUCCGCGACGUGCCGCUGCGCGAGUCGGACCAGGCGGAGCUCGGCGCCAUCUACCGCGACCUCAAGCAGGAACAGACCAUCGUCAAGGCUCGCUUCAACCACCCCGUGAUCGCCAAGGCGAACCUGUUGUUGCAUGCCCAUUUGACGCGCAAGCCGCUCAGUCCGGCGCUUCGUGCGGACCUGAACUUGAUGCUCAAAAAGUCGAUCCACUUGAUUGACGGGAUUGUCGAGAUUUGCGUGUCCAAGGGCUGGUUGCAAUCGAUCAUCAACGCAAUUGAGUUUGAACAGCACAUUUCCCAGGCGUUGUGGGUCAAGCACUCUUCGCUGCUGCAGCUGCCGCACUUUACCGAAGCCGACGUGAAGGCGGCGCUUGUGGGCAAGAACGCGGUGCGGUCGCUGGCGCAGUUCAUCGAGUUGUCCGAGGACGACCGCAAGGGCAUGGCCAAGAUGAGCGACGACGAGAAGGCUGAAGUGAACCGCGUAUGCGACACGAUCUUGCCCAACGUGGACGUGGAGCUGUCGGUGGAAGUCGAAGAUGAAGACGUGAUUGCCGAAGGGGACAUUUUGACGGUCACGGUCAAGCUCACGCGGAAGAACGUGCCCCCGGGCGACACGAUCGACCUCGUGUACGCGCCAAGCUUUCCGUUUCCCAAGUCGGAGCGAUGGUUUGUCCUGGUCGGCGAUGCCCGCAUGAACCACCUGCACGCGUUUGCCAAGGUAACGUCUCAGGAGCGCGAGGUCGAAGAGAAGCUGCGCCUCCAGGCCCCGCCCAAAGCUGGCACGUACCAGCUCGACGUGUGGAUCAAAUCCGACUCGUACUUGGGCUUGGACCAGCGCAAGGCCGUGCGGUUCACGGUGGUCGCGGCGGCGGAUCUGCCGGCGUUCCAGCCGCACCCAGAAGACGUCGAGCUUGAUAACGACCCGACCUUGUUUGAACAAGUCAUGUCACUGCAACACGAUGACAGCGACAGCGACGACGACGACGACGACGAUGAGGAGGACAAGAAGACCAAGUAGACUAUGAAUAAUACCCAUUCAAUAUUCGUUUACUGUUAAUAUAACCACAUUGCAGUAGG